AUGUAAAAUUCCUUAAUAUUUGAUUGCUUAUUUAAUGCUAAACCAGCUAUUUUGAUUUGUGACGAACAUUCAAUACUCAUUAGAAUCUAAACUGAAGAGGUUAAAUUUUACAUCUCAUUAAAUCUACAUUUGCAAUGGUAUUAUAAGAAUAAAGACCUUGAACAAUGUACUAUUGAGAAUUGUACUCUCCAAUCUUCUUCUAAAAAUUUAUCACAACUUAAAGACUAACUCAAUUCCUGUGUGAUGUACUUGGGAGCGUCCGAAAUCUAUGAGGAAUUGUAAACUAUGUCGAAAACAGAGCUCAAGGCAGUAAAUUUUAAUUUUUACCCAAGAAUCUCAUAGUCAAAUCAACUAUCAACGGAGAAAAGUUGUUUUGCAAAUUGUAUAAGAAACAAAGUGAAUUUUACUUUCUGUAAGAGGUCAAAAUUCUAAGGAAAUUGAAGAAUUGCAAAAAUAUAGUUGCCAUCAGAGAGGUUUAUGAAUCUUCAAAAUAUUAUUAUAUUAUCUUAGAAUAUUUGGAUCGCAAAUUAGAGUAGGAUUACACUCAUGAAGAAAAUCAAAAUGUUAUCAAGGUACUUACAAUUAUGCAAUUAGGAAAUCCUUACUAUAUUGGACACAUUAAAGCAAAAUAAUAUAGUUCAUGGAUAAAUUAGACCUUAAAAUUUCAUGUUCGGUAGAAAUCAAGAACUAAAAUUAAUUGGUUUUAGCAAAGCAACAAUAGAAAAUCAACCAGACACAACUGAUAUUUAUGGAUUGCAUAAAGUUAUGCUUUAUCUGUAUAACUUUGAUGCCAAGUAGAUUGAUGCCGAUUAAGGAAUUUACCCUCUAAUACCUGGUCAUGGUACCAAUUUCUUGAAAGGCCUGGUAAAUAACACUUAAUACAGGAUCAAUAUCAAACAAGCAUUGAGUCAUCCUUAUUUGAAGUGUAAUGAGACAGACCAUUAAAUAGUUUAGGAAUAGUUAUUUCCUAAAUUUAAACACAGUUUUAGUAAUUUUUAAUGAUUUUCAAAUUCUUACAUU